AUGUCCAACAGGAAGAUUGACUUGAGCGACUAUCUCAUGAUUGCUGCUUGCAUCAACGUCGUUGGGUACCAGGCCCUGAACAUUUCUUAUCUGAUUGUCCUACUACUCCCCAUGCCAUACAUCUACAGCUUGGAACUGGCGCUGUAUAAGAAAUUGGUGCUGAUGGCCACAUUCGGCCUGGGACUCUUCGUUGCAAUCAUAAGCGCGAUCCGUCUCUACUCGAUCCUCCACGUCGACAUGUCCGACGUCACAUACUCGAUUCUGAUGCCCAUUGUGUGGAGCGCCCUGGAACCGUGCCUAGCCAUCACGCUCGCGUGCAUCCCCCUCCUCCGCCCGCUACUGGGCGGGAGGUACACGCCGACGGGGACAGCAAAGCUGGGGCCGCCGACUAUGAAGUCGCGAACAGUGACUCAGAAGCGCAGCCGGCGCUUCAAAGUGUUGGAGGACGAGGUCUGCAUCACGCGGCAGGCCGACGACGGACCGCAGCUGAGGCCCGAGUCGAUACGCUAUGAUGCUAUGAGUCGCCACAGCCAUGUCGACGCGAACACGGAUACAGAUGUUGAAUUGAGCGCUAUUUCUUUUAGAAAGGACUGGCGGGUGGAGGAAAGGCAACUUUGA